GGGGGGGGGGGGCAGGAUGUCACUCUGACGUAGUAGCAACAGCCAAAAGGAAGUGAGUUGGAGUGGUGGUGCUGCGCAGUAAGAUAUGAGCAGCAGCUGAGCUACAACGGAGAGGGGGCAGCCGCACGGUAAUGGCUUCAACUGUGGGUGUAGUUUUGUGUGGUCCAAGUUCUUCUCUCAGGAGCCAAGAAGGAGUCGGUGUGUUGGUUGGUUGUUGGGGUUUAGUAGCUGGAGAAAUCCGUCGUGUGUGUUUGUGUGUGUGUGUGACUGUGUAUGUGACUGUGGGUGCCAUCACAUAAUUUUGCUUUCAUGUACAAGGGAUGUCGUCGUGAAUCUUGCGUAGGAGGAAUAUCAUGCAAGGUGGACGUUUUUCUAGUGGCCGGUGGUGACCCGCCAUUGGAAGAAUAAAGAAACGACGGUGGUCCAAGAAGAAGAAGAAUUUCCUCCGGGUCAAAAGGGACGUUGUUGCCACCAUCAUUUUUUCGUUCCAUGACGUAAGAGGAAGAAACGGAAUGUCGGUUCCUUCGUCUUCUCAUUGGCGUUAAUUUGAAGAAAAAAAGAAUUUCGAUUUUCUUCGUCUGUGUGUUGCACACACACACACUACAACUGGGCCCUCUUCAAGGACGUCAUAGGCAAAACCCCCGCCCUUCUUUCGGCCCACACCUCCCCCCAUUGCUACCCCCCCGUCCGCCACCACCCGAAAAGUGUGUCGUCGAUCGAUUCCGUUCUCGUGUGCGCGCUCCGCCGCCGCCGCCAUCAGAGUAUAUAGCUCACACAGUUCUCUCUCUCUCUCUACUAUCUUUUUCUCUCUCAAUCCCGAUGAUUGUCUCUGUCGUGUGCGACCUCUGUAACAAUAUCGUCAUACUUAACUGGCUAUGCUGAUCUGCGCCAUGCCCUACCGACACGGUGUCGAUACUGGGGCUGUGAGUGUCCUCUCUCUCAUUACGGUUCCCGUUUCGAUUCCGGUUAACCUGCCACCUCAGUUGAAUUCGUUGUAUUCAGCUGCUGCUGCGGCCGCGGCAGCAGCGGCCGUGGCGGCCCACGGACCCGGCAAUCACGGUCCAAUGCCUCCUCUUUGCACGAGCGCCAGUGGUGGGGGUAGUGGCAGUAACGGCGGCGGAGGAGGAGGAGGAGGCCCGCAUCAUCACAUGUCUCAGAAUCCCAAUUGCCAUCAGCAAGUCCAUCAUCAAGCCGCCCUUUACGGCUGCACUGGCGGCCACCAGCACCACCUGCCGGCCUCUACGCAACUCCACCAGCUGGCCUCGUGCUUGCCUCCUCCUCCGCCUCCUGCUCCGCACCAGCAUCAUCAACACCACCCGCACCAUCACCCCUACACACCCAUUUACCAUCCGCACCACCACCAUCACCAUCCGCACCACCACCACCAUCACCAUCAUCAGCUGGCCGGCCAUCCUUUGGCCGGUCCCUCACAGGGCCAUCAACCUUUGCAGGUUACCUCGCUUGGCGUAGGUAUCGGCGUAGGCGUCGGUGUAGGUGUCGGCGUCGGAAUGGUCCAGCCGGCCCACAACCAACCGCCCUUUGCUCACGUCCCUCCGCCAACCUUGCUCCAGCAGCGGACAGCCGAGUCCGACUAUCGACGAGCUGCCGCCGCCGCCAUCGCUGCUGCAGUCGGUCCAUCCCCUUACUCUCACCCCGGAUCCUAUAGCACUAUGCCUAUCAAUCCUGCAGCUUCCUCUUCAUCUUCCUCGUCAUCCACCUCCUCUUACGGCCACGUCCGCCAGCAGCAACAGCAACAACAACAACAGCAACUCUCCCUCCAUCACCAACAAUCCCUGUCGUCAUUGGCCUCCAGCGGAGGAGGACGACUAUCGCUCAACAACCAAGGAGGGUACACGAUUACGAGCCAUUCGAAUCCAGCUGCCAAUCAAAACCAUCCAGGUCUCAAUCAACUGCAAGGCCAUCCGUUCUUCGUCCAUGACGGAAUCCUCCACUCUCACCAUCACCACCACCACCAUCAGCAGCAGCAGCAGCAGCAACAACAACAGCAGCAGCAGCAACAACGCUUACGAAGGAGCCGUCAAAAUAACAACAAUAAUAACAACAACAAUAACGGAAUGAUGGCCGCUGGCAGCAGCAAUUCCGGCUCGGGUGCCGGUCCGUCUUCAUUAGGAGCCUCGUCUUCAGCUUCCUCCAACGUAUCCAUCGCUGCAGCCGCCGCGGCUAAUGCGGCUACAGUUGCAUCCAUGUCGGCAGCCGCUGCAGCUGCAGCUGCCAGAAGAGCCUGGCGUACCGGACCCGUCCCGCAACAGUACCCUGGAUUCCUCCUUUCAUUCUUGGCAAUGCUGUCUAAUCCGCCGAUGAGUUAUGGGCCCGAUUUGGGGGCAGCGUCCGCUGAUCCUGUCGAGACGGAAAACUACGAAGCUCUUCUCAAUCUGGCCGAACGCUUGGGUGAAGCCAAACCUCGAGGAUUGGCGCGUACGCAGAUCGAUCAACUGCCGUCGUAUCGAUUUUCUGGCGAGAUCGAAGAAGGUGGCCAGAGCACUUGCGUCAUUUGCAUGUGCGAAUUCGAAACUCGUCAGACGCUUCGCGUUCUCCCCUGUAGCCACGAAUAUCACGCCAAAUGCAUCGACAAAUGGCUCAAGUCGAAUCGUACCUGCCCCAUUUGUCGUGGAGAUGCAUCGGAAUUCUUUCACAGCCUGGAAUAGAAUGUAGCAGCACCAUGUCUCAACACACAGGAUGAUUUUUGUUUUUUCUUCGUCUUUUUAUCUGUCCUGGGCGCCAUUGACCCUCCCUGGAAGAGCGGAGGGCUCCCACACACACACAAUCUUCACCACCACCACCACACACUUUGGCUUUAGUGUCCUCCCCAAAACAAAGCAAUCUUCCAUAGCUUCCUUCUUUAUUUUUUGAUUAUUAUUAUUUUUUUUUUCCGAAAAUUGAUAUUUUUUCGUCUCUUGCAAUCGCACUUGACCCUCCCCUACCCCACAAAAAAAAAAACAAAAAAAAAAAAAGAAAAACAAGAAAACAAACAAAAAACGAUGUGUCGUGGCGUGUGUAACCCGUCGAUCCUUUUUUAGGUUGGAGCUUUCAACCCUUAUCUGGGAAAAAAUGGAAAAAGAAAAUCUUCUCUCAUUCUGCCGGAUGUUGUUUGUCCCCUCGUAGGCGAGCUUGUUGAUCUCAAUGUUUUCUUUGAAAUGAUUCUGCUGCUCCAUCAUCUCUUACCAAACGCCCCUGGAAAAAACCUCCCGCCAUAUUAUUAAUGAAUAAUGUCACUUUUUGAAAAAAGUAGAAAAGUCUUUAAAGAAGAGAAACCACCACUUUACUCCUCGUACGUAGGCAUUCCGUCACUUACCCCCUCGAAUCCAUCUGGCUCCAGCACGCGCUAUAUAUUUUCUUUCUUUAUUUUCCAUCCAUCUCGUCACCUUCAUCUUCUCCGUUUGUUUUUUCUUUCUUCUCAACGUUACGUGAGAAUGACUGGUCGCUGUGAUAGAUAUUUGCCAUCUAGCGUCUGGGCUUGCAGUUUAUUUGAGGGAUUAGAACAGCCAGUUUGCUAAAUUUUUUUUUGUUUUUCCUUCAAUGAUUGAUGAUUCGAUUCAUAAAUCAAACACGCCACUCGCUGCAUUUGUUUGGUGUGUUUUAUGUUUCUUUAACUGUGACACAAAAUAGUUUCUUUACCACCGAUUCAUCACGUUUUUUUGGGGGGCAGUUAACAUUUGUUUUCUUCUUCAGUUCGAAUUAUUUUUGAAUUCCCGCAUACGCCACAUGCGCUGAUCCAUGUUUCUAUAUAGACAAAAUCGGGUACCGUACACAUCAUAUUGGUUCGCUUGUUAUACAUAUACCUCCCCCCCCCCCUCAAUAUCCCUCUUUAGACGCCAUUCUCCUCCCCCCCCCCCCC